UCUAUACUCUCCUCAGGCUUUGGACAAGGCCUACCACAGUGGAUACAGCGAUGGCCUUCACUUUCUACAAACAAGUGACCUGGUCCCAUGUCUGCCUCUUCUGAACACUCCAUCAGAGCAUCAGUCCUUUCCUCCUGACGGAUGGACAGAUCUGGAAACAGACUGGGAGGAGGAGAGAGAGGUGGAAGAAGGGGAGGAACAAAUAGAGAGGAGGCAGGAAAAGAUGAAGAGAGAGGAGCAAAUGAAGGAGGAGGAGGAAGAAGAGGAGGAGGAAGAGGAAGAUGAAGAGGAGGAGGAAGAGGAGUGGUCCUCCCUGACAGAGACCAGAGGCGAUCAGAGAAAUUACUCACUUGAAGGGGGAGAUCUACCCUGGAAUCUGGCAACCCCAGAGCUGGCCAUGUAUCUAGCCUUGCCCAGCUGGAUACACACAGCGUUGCUAUGCAACAUCAUGGGGUUGCUGUGGACCCACACCCCAAUGCAUGUGAUGUCAUACAUGCUCCUCCCCUUCACCCUGCCACUCAGCUUCUUCCUUGGAAACGUGCAUAGGCUGGUUGUAUUAGGGUUCUGGAUGUGGCAGGAUUUACGACAGAUCACCUUCUUUAUCAUCAACACCCUGGUCUCCAGCCUCCACAGAAACCUAGAAGACAGAAACCUACAACACAGAUAGACAGACAGACCUGGACUACAGGAAAGGUGAGAGCUGGGCUGCGAUCUACACAAAACAGUCUGUUCUACACAGGACAUUUCUAUCAGAAUUUUCUUUGUGUUUCUGUUUGUCAGAACCACAUGUAUGUUUAUAUUUAGUGUGUUUUCCUGUGUGUGUGAUGUGUGAAUGUUCUCAGGGUACUUCCUCCUCUCCUCUCCUCUCCUCCUGUGGCUCCUGCUGAUGUUGCUGCUGCUGCUGAUGAUGAUGAUGAUUGUCACACCCUGAUCUGUUUCACUAGUCCUUGUUAUUGUCUCCACCCCCUCCAUGUGUCUCUUGUUUUCCCCAAUGUAUUUAUCCCUGUGUUUCCUGUCUCUCUGUGCCAGUUCGUCUUGUAUGUCCAAGUCAACCAGCAUUUUUUUCCUGUUCUCCUAUUCUCUUUUUUCUAGUCUUCCCAGUUUUGACCCUUGCCUGUUUCUGGAAUCUGUUCCUGCCUGACCAUACUGCCUGCCAC